AGGUGUUGCAGAGACGCACGUUGCGGAGGGCCGCCUGCUGGGAUCCUUUAUGACGCAGCAGGGGUUCUGCUUACCGAAGCGUUGGAGCAAGGCCUGCGCCGGGAAUGUACCCUCGGCGGCGAGGAAGCCUGCUUUUGAAAUUUGUGUAGCUUGCAUGUUCUCUCAAAACGCAGAUAUAGAAUGCUUGCUGUUAAACACCAGAAUUGACCUUUGGGAGGAGCUAGGAGUCAAUGAUUGAACACGUGGGUCCUCACUGUGGGGUGCUCACAGUCCAGAACCUACUUGGAGGUGAAGCUUUCUACUUCUCGUGCCACCAUGCUGACUCUCCGCCUCUCCAGACCCCUGUCACAGCUCCGGGGGAGAACCUUGAGUUUCUACAAUAGAGAGAUUGAAAAGAGACGCACGCUGCUGUGUUGCUCCACGUCCUUUGUCCCUGUGAGCCAUAGGACCUAUGCUGAUGCUGCGGAUGUGGUGGACCCGGUUGGCAGCAAAGCUGUUCUGAUCACAGGCUGUGAUUCUGGAUUUGGGUUCUCCUUGGCCAAGCAUCUGCAUUCAAAAGGCUUCCUUGUGUUUGCUGGUUGCUUGAUGAAGGACACAGAGGGUGAAGGCGUCAAGGAGCUGGACAGCUUGAAGAGUGACCGAUUGAAAACCAUCCAGCUCAACGUCUGCAAUAGCCAGGAGGUGGAGAGAGCCGUGGAGGAAGUCCGCUCGACCCUGGAGGACCCUGAAAAUGGCAUGUGGGGCCUGGUUAACAACGCAGGUAUCUCAACCUUUGGGGAGGUGGAGUUCACCAGCAUGGAGACCUACAAGGAGGUGGCGGAAGUCAACCUCUGGGGCACAGUGAGGACAACAAAAUUCUUUCUUCCCCUCAUCCGAAGGGCCAAAGGCCGCGUGGUCAACAUCAGCAGCAUGCUGGGGCGCAUGGCCAACCCCGCGCGUUCCCCAUACUGCAUCACCAAGUUCGGGGUGGAGGCUUUCUCCGACUGCCUGCGCUACGAGAUGCUCCCACUGGGCGUGAAGGUCUGUGUGGUGGAACCCGGCAACUUCAUCGCUGCCACCAGCCUCUACAGCCCGGAGCGCAUCCAGGUCAUCGCCAGCAAGAUGUGGGACGAGCUGCCCGAGGUGGUUCGCAGUGACUAUGGCCGGAAGUACUUUGAUGAGAAGAUCGCCAAGAUGGAGACCUACUGCAACAGCGGCUCCACCGACACGACCCCCGUCAUCAACGAUGUCACCCACGCCCUGAUGGCCCCCACCCCCUACACCCGCUACCACCCCAUGGACUACUACUGGUGGUUGCGAAUGCAGGUCAUGACCCACUUCCCCGGGGCAGUCUCUGACCGGAUCUACAUACAGUGAAGUUUCCUGCCUUCUCUGAGUCUGGGUGGAACACAGGUGAUGGAGGGGUGGUUGGGGGGGGAGUGGGGCGGAAGAGGGAGGGGACAGGGGAUGAGAAGCGCAGCUUGUGUAGUCAUCUUUUGAUUAUCCACUUGGGGGUUGUCCCCAGUUCCAGUUGCACUGACCCUCGUGCAGUGUUCGUGAUAACCAGAGGGGUUAGCCUCGCCUGGCCCGCGUGAGUGAGUGGCAGGCAGGGCCCCUAAACCUCAGGGCAAACUCGGCGCAUCCAUCAAUCUGGAGUUGAUUUCCUACCAAGAUUUGUGGGAAAACAUCUUUAUAUUAAAAGCAGAUUUAUUAUAAAAUAGAAUCUAAGUCCCUUAUAUUUUUAAACCAAAACAUCAGCUCUAAACUUUUUUCCCUGAUCCUUCAGUGAGCCUCAUAAGUACUUUUUUUUCUUUUGUACACAAAGAAUUUGCAGCCCAAAGAGUAUAUGUGAAUAACCCCGUUUUUACUUAUGUAUGGUCCAAGUUAUGUGUUCCUGCCACUGCUUUAGAAACUUAACAUUCUGUGUUGCAGGGCUGUGUGCACCCAGUUAUCUGAGACCACCCCUCCGCCCCCCGCCAUGACCUGUGUCCUCGCCUGAGCCCUACACACCACCACACUGUGCGCCUCUGCAUGUCCACGGUGCUGCAUUUUACUGGUCAGCCCACAGCCAGUGAUUGAGAGCUGACUGUGCGGAGGGUAUGGGGACAUUCUAGAGAUUUCCAUUCGAGAGUUCUUCAACCUCUCACUGGACUUAAGACAGACAUGUGGAGGUGCUCUUUAGAUUAGAGAGCACCUGGUUUGGGUCAGCUUAGGUUGUCUUGGGUAUGACCUGUGCUGGUGAGACAUCCUGGGCAGGAACUAUGGGGUAAAGGCCUAGCACUGUGGCACCUUCUACCCCAGGGUGGGUCCAGGUCCCCUGCCAGUCUCAUGUGGUGCUCACAUAUUACACACACACACACACACACACACACACACACAUAUACACUUGCCCUUCACCACCUCUCCCAGCCCCAGGACUGGAUUCAGGUUCCCUAUCUGACUCACAUGGUGCUCAUACACACACACACCACCCCCACAUAUCUGUUCUAUAUGACUCUCCUUCCUGCUGUGGCCUUAUUUUUAAGGCCAGGUCACUGACAGAGAAUGUUAUCAUUUCCUGCAUUUGGGUUUAAAGACUACCAUCCUUGCCUAUGCCCAGAGCCUGGAUGGCUGCACAAAAACUAGGUACCACCAUCUUCCAGGUGGCUGCAGGCCUAGGACAGGGUCCUCAGUGCCAGCCCCACAAAACUAGCACCUUUGCCUCUCCCUGCAAGGGACAGGCCUUCCACUAGAGUGCGCCCUGCCUCCUCCGCAGCCCCAGCCUGGCUCUGCUCCUGACUCAGCUUGCUCCCAAACCUGAGGUCCUGAAAAAAAUUUGUGAUUCCCACCUCAGAAACAGUCUGGGCACAGAGAAGCAAGGCCCCUUUAGGAACAGCAUUCCUGCUCUUCUGACUUAAACUUGGAGCCUGGCACCAAGAAAUAGCAUAAGAAUCUGGGCAGCUGGAACUGGCCACAGGGCUCAAGCAGUGCCAAGAAUAAGGAGGGGGGGUCUCACAAUGAGCAAUUAUAGUCUGCCUUUUGGGCCUGUAUCUCCUCCGUCUUCAGUUAGGGAUGCUCUCUCCCAGCUCCCUGUCUGUAGGGAUGAUAGCGUGGCCAGGCAGGGCUAAAAUUCCAGAGCCUAGAGAAGGACUUUUGACAGCCAUUGUGUUUACAUAACAAGAUCCUCUUGUAUCACAGUUUGCCUUUCAAAUCUUCUUUUUAUAUCUUGGGAGAUUUUGUUUUCAUGCUUAAUUUUAUUAAAGGAAAAUGGAUGCAACA